AUGGCCAUUCCUACACAAAAUCCAUAUACUAAUCUUGAUGUGCAGAAGUCCUCAGCUCAUUUGGAGGAACUGGAAAUACACAAUGGUAGCAAGCAACAUAGCAGGCUGCAACCAGCAUUAAAUCAACAACAGGAAGAAGGUGAACAACUCAGAACUAUACCAAAAUACAGUGAUAAUAUUGCAGGAAAAAUAGUGAGUAAAGGGCAGGAGGUUACAGGUAUUGACUCAAUGCUUUCACCCCUAAACCCUUUGAAACUGUUAUUGCUAUUGAGGAAGCUGUUGGAGGCAUGGAUGGGAGGGAACAGGGGACACCUACUAACUUGCAGGGAGGGGUGUCCAAACAGGGGGGGGGAACUGACUCAUGCUAGACAUGAGGAACUGGAAUUUGACCAUAGAGGAGACUCUAGAGCCCCUGUUACCCCACUCAGAAAUCAAAAGAUUCCUGACACACAAGAAAUUAUAGAUACUCAUCAACAACACAAUAGAUUCAAUAAUAAAUCUGGGGAAAGGUUGAAUCAACAGGGCAAGCUGCUCCCUGAUGAUUUUGGGGAACUUAACUCUGAAGAUGAGGUGGAUCCUGAUAAUCAAUCUAUGGAUGAAUCAGAAGAGGAUGCAGAUGACACCAUGAAGCAGACAGGCCCAGUCUUUGGUUCCAAUCUCCACGAUAAAUGUUCUGAUGUUCAAAGAGUGACAGAAGAACAUGGUUUAUCUCCAAGGGGAAGGAAACAGACUAGGCACAUUCCUCAUCAGAGUAUCACCAGCAUGUCUGACAAUUCUUGCAGGCUAAUGACUAGGUCCAAAUCGAAAGAUCAGUCUCAUAUUGCCAUAGUAAAAUUGCAACAUCAAAUGGAUCAGGCAGUCAGUAAUCCUAAUGGGAAAAUUUGGUUGUUUUGGUCUAAUGAUAUCACUGGACAGGUCCUCGAAAAACAUGAUCAACAUAUUACUGUAACCUUUCAGCACACUGCUCUCCCGAAUAAAUUCAUGAUGUCUUUUGUUUAUGCUAAAUGUAAAGAGUAUAUGAGGAGACCUUUGUGGGACAGGUUACUUUUAUAUGCUAAUAUGGAUUUUCCUUGGUGUACUAUUGGUGAUUUCAAUGUUAUUACAUCUAUAGAGGAAAAACUUGGUGGGAUACCUUACAUUAUGAAUAAGAGUCUUCAAUUUAUUGGAGUUAUAGAGGCAUGUGGAUUGAUAGAUCUAGGGUACACAUGGCUUCUUUUUACAUGGUGUAAUCAAAGGGAUGCAGAAGCUAGAGUUUGGAAGAGAUUAGAUAGGUCUAUGGCUAAUGAUAAAUGGUUAGAGAAUCUGCCUCAAACUACUAUUGAGAAUCUAUCCUCUGUUGUUCAGCAGUGUUGGGACCAGGUCACUACUGGUAAUCCUAUGUGGAAAUUACAUAUGAAAAUGAAGAGAUUAACUUCCACUCUUAGCAAAUGGUUCAAACAGGAGUAUGGUGACAUUUUUACUAAGGUUAGGGAGUUUGAGGAGUCCAUUAGGAAGUCUGAAGAGGAAUUUAUGACAAAUAAUACUGAAGCUAUUAGACAGAAGUUACAUCAGAUGAAUGCAACUUAUAUUACGUAUUUGAAAUUGGAAGAAGCUAUUCUUCAACAAAAGACCCAAUUACAAUGGUUUCAAGAAGGAGAUGCCAAUACAAAAUACUUUCAUGCUUUGAUGAGAGGUCGGAGAAAGAGGCUUUUUCUUCAUAAGAUUUGUAUUGAAAAUGAGGUGUGGAUACAGGGUGAGGAACAAAUUGCUCAGAAUGAGAUGUUGCAAGCAAUACCUAAUAUAGAUGAACUCAGACAUGUUGUGUUUGCUAUGAAUCCAUAUUCAGCAGCAGGUCCUGAUGGCUUUGGGGGCAAAUGUUAUCAGGUUUGUUGGAAUAUCAUUAAAGAAGAUCUAUUGGCUGUUGUACAAUCAUUCUUCUGUGGUCAUAUUAUGCCUAAGUUCAUGUCUCGUGCCUGUUUGGUUUUACUUCCUAAAAUUGAGCAUCCUUCCAGAUUAACAGAACUCAGACCCAUCAGCCUUAGUAAUUUUACAAAUAAGAUUAUUUCCAAAGUGUUGAACAUGAGAUUGGCUACUGUCUUACCUCUAUUGUUAUCAGACAAUCAAUCAAGGUUUGUGAGAGGCAAAAGUAUAACUGAAAGUAUCAUGCUAGCACAAGAGAUUACAAAUGGUAUUAAAAAACCCGAGAUAGGAAGUAAUGUGGUUAUCAAACUUGAUAUGGCCAAGGCAUAUGAUAGAGUGUCUUGGUCAUUUGCAUGUUUGGUUUUAAGGAGAUUUGGUUUUGGGGAAAUGUUUAUUGAUUUAGUUUGGAGAAUAAUGGGUAACAAUUGGUAUUCUAUUAUAAUUAAUGGUCUCAGAAAAGGUUUCUUUCAUUCUACUAGAGGACUUAAGCAAGGUGAUCAUUUAUCCCCUGCCCUAUUUAUUUUAGGAGCAUAG